CGACGACGAAGAGCAGGCGACCCUGCCCCUGCCCCGUCGCUCCUCGCCCUCCUUCAUGCACGCUAUCACCGCGCUGCAUUUCCCAGUCUCGAGUCUCGACCCCCCUGACCCGUCACGCCGUGCGAACGUAGAGCGGAGAUUGUCGGCUGGUCUCUCUGACACUGGGCGUCGUUCCCAGGCCGCUGUUGGGUGCACGCCGACCUGGCAACACGCGAGCAGUUCGGGAGGAGUCACUCGGCCAGUCAGACAUCCGGAUUUCUCCAAAGUUUGCAUUUCGGAGGCUGUCUUUGCGUGACGGCUGGGAAAUGGCUGUGGUUACGGUCCGUCAGUGCGAUCGUCAUGAUCCGGGUGCAGUCGCAGAUGGAUGGACGGAUGGAUGAAUGAGAGCCUAUAAGGAUGCCUGGUUCUCGGGCAUCUGGUGGACACAGGUCGCCUUGGUCGUCGUUGUCGCGAAGCGGGCUUGUUUUUUCCCAUCCUUGUUUCCCCUCCACUCGGUCUCUUUCUUCCCCGUUGCUUUUUCCGUGCUCAGUCGUGGGCUUAGUCCUGAUGGCUGCUAGUUCAGUUCUUGUCUUCUCCUUCUCUCUCGUUGCCAAUACCCACGCACUUUAUGUGCCACAUUUGGACACCAGUUUUGCACGCAUCCCGCCAUUGAAACCUCGGGCCUCAGAAGCCGCAGCUUCAGUGCCUGCCGUUGAGGUUCUGGGUCUCAUCGCGGCACUUCUGGCCGCGCUCGGCGUUAUGGUGAUCGCUGGCGUAUAUGUGCACCGCCAUAGGCUGACCGCCGAGCCUGAGAAGCCGAGGUUCGGUGUCCGCCUGGGACUGGAUGGGCAGGGGAAGUUGUCGGGGUUGGAGGACACAGACGCGGAGUUCCAGCCGACGAAGACGAACAGGCUCGCAGCGGAGACGCCGCUGGUCGGCCCCACACCCAUCUUCAUACCCCCGCGAGCGCACCUGGAGCCCGUGAGCCUCCCGCGCCCCUCGAUCAAGCCUGGCGUGGCCCGCUCGCCGAUGCACAUGCCGAUGCCCACGGCUAGACGACGCUCGCGCUCGCAACUUGGCGCGCAUCAGGGCUCCGUCGCCCCACUUCGCCUCCUCCCACCGACUCCGGGGCGCAGUCAAGACCCACAGCCCCGCCAACACUCCUUCGUCCUCCCGUCGAAGGUGCCUGGCUCGCCGUCUGGGAUUUCUACUUCCGACACCAAGGACGGGCGAGGAAGUGUGCGUGCUCCAGUUCCGACCCCGUCUGCGUCGGAACACGCACGGCGAGACGCGUACCUGCGCAAGCAGCUUGAGAAACUCGCAUUCUUGAGCGAGGACCCGAUGAGCCGCCGUCACUCCGACGCUGACACCGACGCGGCGUCGCUUGUGUACAGCCUGCUCUCGGCUUAUCCUACGGAUGACGCUGCGUCCAUCGCCCAUUCAGAUAUGAGUGUGGGAGUGCUGCAAUUCCGGAGGCCCUCCGAGGUCGACACGAUGAGUCGUGGGAGCGGUCGCAUCAAUUUACCCUCGCCAUCGUUGACUGUUCCGCACUUCUAAGGCAGCAAUAGGUUAACAAUGUGUAUUUCUGCGGCGUGUAAUUAAGUCAGAUUGUUUCAUAUCUCUCGUAUAAUUCAAUACCUG